AUGGCUACACCUUUCACACUGCUGGUUUUGUGCUGGGCAUUCAGACCGAGCUGCGGUGAGAAUCCGGAAUGGUUCCACAACAUUUCUACCAGUCUCUUCAAUUUGUCUGGUGACAUUAUGCUCGGAGGGCUCUUUCCCAUUAACCAGCUCUCCAGCAACCUCAGCCAGAGGACGGAGCCUGACAACAUCAGCUGUGAAAGUACAUAUGAGCUUGGACUGGCCCUCGCUCUUGUGAUGAAAUAUGCAGUGGAUGAGAUCAAUGCAAACCAAAUUAUGCUCCCUGGCAUUAAGUUGGGUUAUGAAAUCUAUGAUACAUGCAAACAAUCUGCCGUCGUUGUGAAGCCCACCAUGUCUUUCCUCACUGCAAAAUCGAACAAAGUGCUAUCUGUGGAGUGUAAUUACACACAAUAUGAGACCAGCAUAUCAGCCGUGAUUGGUCCUCUUAGCUCAGAGAUGGUGUCGGUCAUAGGAAAACUCCUGGGAUUCUUUCUGAUGCCGCAGGUCAGCUUCGGUGCCACCAGUGACAAAUUCAGUAACAAGCUUCUCUACCCGUCAUUCUUCCGCACGGUGCCCAGUGACAAAUGGCAAGUGGAAGUCAUGGUGCUUCUGCUGCAGCGGUUUAACUGGAACUGGGUGGCAGUGGUGGGCAGUGAAGAGGAGUAUGGACAACGAGGUGUGCAGGAAUUCUCCAAAACAGCAGAGAAUACGUCUGUCUGUGUGGCCUAUCAGGGACUGAUUCCAGUGUAUACUGACCCGAAACCAGCGAUAGCUACCAUCAUCAAUAACAUCAACACAACAAAAGUUAAAGUGGUAGUGGUCUUUUCUAUCGCAGAGCAAGUUGAGGUCUUUUUUAAAGAGGUCAUCAGGAAGAACAUAACUGCUGUCUGGAUUGCCAGCACAAGUUGGGCCAUCAAUAAUCGGCUGACAUCGCUACCCAAUAUCCAAACAAUCGGCACAAUCAUUGGAUUCAUUGACAAGACACAGCCCCUGGACCUGCUCCGUCCCUACACAGAGGAGCUCUUCACGAAACUGAGUGAAGAGAGGGCGAAGACCCCCCUUCCAGCACAAAAGUCCACAGGCCUUCCUGACAAUCCCUGCCCACAAUGUUGGAACCUGUCACCUGCUAAUAUUAGCUUGGUGACAGACCCUGCAGUGAAGCACCAAGCUUUCAGUGUGUAUGCUGCCGUCUACAGUGUGGCACAGGCCCUGCACAACCUGCUGGAAUGCAAUUCAACUGCAUGCAUGCAGGGACCUGAAACCAAAAUCUUUCCCUGGAAGCUGUUGGAGGUUUUAAAGAAUACUUAUGUGGACAUAAAUGGCACACAUUUAAAGUUUGACAGCAAUGGCAACCCAAACAUGGGAUACAAGAUAAUUGAGUGGGUCUGGAAUGGUUCGGUUUUAGACUUUAUAGAAGUUGGAAACUUUCGUAGAGAACUGACCAUCAACAAAACCCUCUUCAAAUGGCACACUGCAAACUCUAAGGUUCCUCAGUCCACCUGUUCAGCAGAAUGUAAUGACGGCCAGGUUCGCAGAGUCAAAGGCUUCCAUUCCUGCUGUUAUGAUUGUAUCGACUGUUUGCCGGGAACUUACCGGGCAAAUGAGGACGACAUCCAGUGCAAGAAGUGCCCAAAACGUAAAUGGUCUCCGAUUCGCAGCAACAAUUGCAUUGAACCCACCUUUUUCUAUUUGUCCUGGGACACGACUGAGGCUCUGGAAAUGACACUGGCUAUGGUGCUGCUCCUGGUAUGUCAGAUUUCAGUGGGUGUCGUGUUCCUGAAACACCGGGGGACCCUGUUGGUAACAGCCUCGGGGGGAGCCCUGAGUUUUGUGGCUCUGCUUAGCCUGAUGGGAGCUUGCCUCAGUGUGCUGCUCUUCCUGGGGCAGCCAGGGGACAUGGUGUGUCGUAUUCAGCUGCCCCUCACCACCAUUUUCCAAACAGUGGCCCUCUCCAUUAUCACAUCCAUCUCACUACAGAUUCUGUACGUGACAGAGUUCCCAAAGAUGGCCGCCUCUCACCUACACAUACUAAGAGGCCCUGGAAGCUGGCUAUUUGUGGUGGUCUGCUGUACUGUACAGGCUGCUCUCUGUGGCUGGUUUGUUCAGGAAGGGCCUUCGCUGUCUGAGUAUGUGACAGAAAUGAAAAUAGCCUUUGUGAGAGCAUUUCUGUCAUGUCCAAUGUCACCCUUGUCUGGAUUUGCUGUAAUGCAAGGGUUCAACGGCGCAUUGGCCCUUAUAUCAUUCAUGUGCACCUUCAUGGCAGCAAAGCCUCUUCAUCAGUACAACCUCGCCAGGGACAUCACCUUUUCUUCUCUGUUCUACUGUGUGAUUUGGAUGACCUUUAUUCCGAUCUACAUAGGUUUGAAUGAGAGGAAGAAGUCUAUAGUCCAUGUUUUUUUCUCCCUGGCAAGCAACAUGGGAUUGGUGGCAGCCUACUAUUUCCCAAAAUGUUACUUGCUCUUGAGAAAGCCUGAGCUCAAUACAGCAGAGCACUUUUGUACCUUCCUAGAGGUCACUCCAGUAACACAAGCUCAGGAGGAACCACAACCCCUGAAAGAGUCAGGGAAAUAAACUUAAGAUUUAUGAAUGCCGUUUAUGCAUAAAAGCUCAAAGAA